UUUCCUCUUUCAAUUACUUUUGCAGGGCGCGGGCAGUUCAGCCCCCAAACACAUAUAGGUAGUCUUCUACUUAUCUUAUUUACUUAUUUCCUUCGUUCUCCAAAUUUCUAUUCACCAGUUUUUUAAACUGUCGAUACUAUAACAUCAUACAGACAGAACCUGGCACAAUGGAUCUGUUGGGGAUACAAGAAUGGAAUCUAGAUUCGUCGUUGCAGCCAGCGAAAUAUUUGCUUCCUAAGUUGCCCUCAAAAGCUAAGUCUCGACUUAACCAUCAUGGUUUCCGGGAGCAGGACAGCAAGAUCGCCGAGGAGAGGUUCAAGAAGCUCAAGGCCAAGAUAGAUUCUCUAAAUCAAUCAGAAGAGCAAUUAUGGGAAGACCAACAACAAAGGCUACGAAGUAGUGCGGAUGAGAAAUUAUCGGAUGCAUCUAGGACACAAAAAGAAGCCGAUGCGAUGGAUAGCAGUGUCCCAGAGGAUGUUAAAAAUCUCUAUGCGGAGGCGACGCAUGAAUUCCAAGAAACGCAAAACUCAUUAAAAGCCGCUCUGGGAAAUCUUGGUAAAGAGGGACAGUGCAGCAGCUUAGAAACAACGGCUCAACAACUCCUUGGGAUGCAGCGUGAAAAGGAGGUAGCGGCAUUCAGGAAGAUACUACUGAAACAAGAGAUGGCCAAUUUAAUGGCGGGAGCAGGCCUACGGAAUAGGAAUGGUGCCUCGAGUAGGGGUCGAGUACUAAAAGCUAUCGAACCGGUCGCCGCCAAUGACGAAGGGGAGGGGUCCGAAAGGGCGGAAGAUCAGGAAGAUGAUAAGCCCGUGAACGAGACAGAUCGAUGGAGGAUGAGAAUGUUGGAGUUGGAAUUGGAAAUUCAGGACAGGGAGAACUGUAUAUGUGAUCGAGACGCCGACAUUAAGCGCCUCAACGAAUAUUCUAAGGAAUUGGAAAGGCGUUGUAGAGAAGAGAAAAACCACCAAAUAAUGACAAGGCUUGGUCAAAUGAGAAAAGAAAAGAGGGAGGCGAAACUUCAGAGGCUGAAGGAAACCAUCCUCGUUCGACAAUACCGAUAUUACCACGGCUCUGAGAUAACUCUACGGAAACGUUCCCAUCAGACUAUGAUGGGACAUCACCACGAAGGCGUGUUUGAAUCCCGGAUUGCAACGGAUAGUUCAUUAAACAAGGAAGACAAUUCAACGGAACCACGCUCCCUCAAAGUACUAGAGAGGUUGAUAAGCGAUGCACAAAUUUUGGAAACAUGUAUCCAAAAGAUUCAAGAGCACUGCAAGAAGCUUGAGGAUGUAAUAAAUUUGAAGCAAGUCUUAGAGAAAGAGUUGGAGCUAGAGCGGAAGUGGUUGGAUUAUUCGAAGGGCGUCAACUCGGUGAAACCGGACGAUAACCCAAUAACCCAUUUGAUCGACAAAUACUUUUUUAGUAGCGGGAUAUCUAACAGAGGAUUCUACGAUUCACUCGAAAGAGAUGAAUUUAGGGUUCUCGUAGUAGCACCGGCGCCAGAACCAUUUUACCCCUUGGUUUGUAAAUUGGAGACCUGGCCUAUAACGAACGCAAAAUCCACCCAGCAACAGUACGCAGCUCUGUCAUAUGUCUGGGGCCGAGAUGAACUUUAUAACGGUCGAAUCUACCUCCUACCUAGCGACAGUACAUUGAACCUAUCGGAUUCGAAAGAAUGGGGAUCUGCGAUAAAGAACGCCACUCCGGUUCCUAUCCGAAACAAUCUCUUUCGGGCUCUUCUCCGGCUCCGACGGCAUGGACAUCAGGCUCAACCAGUGGCUCUCUGGGUUGAUUUUCUAUGUAUAGAUCAAGAAAACUCCGAUGAAAAGACGUAUCAGCUACCUAAAAUGGUUGAUAUUUAUCGCAACGCUGGAAAUGUGUGUAUCUGGCUUGGCGAGAGCGACGACGAUGGGCGUAGCGACGAGGCUAUGGAGUUUAUUUCCACCAUCGUAGAUCUGGCAGUAUCAGACCACCUUGCCCACGAUAAAAGCCAGGCUAGGAAAUGGUACGCGCUGGGAGAAUUAAUGCGAGAUCGAUGGUUUUCGCGGCGCUGGGUCGUACAAGAGAUUGCUCUUGCGAAAGAAGCAACGGUACAUUGCGGUGGGAGCAUUGUGCGAUGGUCCGAUUUUGCUGAUGCUGCUUCUCUUCUGGUUUCUAACCAGGAAACUAUUAGAUCGCUUUUUGACUUAUCGGAGUGGCGAGAGGGUCAGAAGACACUUGGCGAUGUUGACUCGUUCGGUGCCUCUAUUCUUCUGGAAGCGACGAAUAAUCUUUUCCGAAGGAAGCCGAAUGGCGACAUCAAGAAACCCAUUAAAACAAUCGAAUCGCUUGUUACAUCAUUAAGAACCUUCGACACAGGCGACCAGCGCGAUCUCAUCUAUAGCCUCGUGGGUAUUGCUGAGGAUACAUCCUAUGAAAUAUGGAACCAUAAUCCCGGCCACGGCCAUGAGAACCCAUUUGAGUUUAAAGUCGACUACAGCCAAUCUAAAGUUGCCGUUUAUAACAAUUUUACUCGUUUCUGCGUUUCGUCUUCCGGGUCGUUAGAUAUUAUCUGUCGCCCUUGGGCAAUGCUACCUGAAGACGGCGCUACAUUGCCCUCUUGGAUCCCUCUCUUAUCGAAUUCGGAAUUCGGAGUCCCGGAGGAGGUCUACAGCGGCCGUAAGAAUGGCGAAAUCUUAGUUGGACCGGCGGGGUCUCCAAAUUACGAAGCUUCUGGAAAGACCAGAUUCGAUGGAACAUUCGAGCUUCCAGAAACCUCGAGGCAAGUCUCUCGUAUCCGUUCUAGAGGAAACAAAGCCACUUCGCCCCCAAAAGAUGAGGGCGGGAUUCUCAUUGCGCGGGGCUUUAGACUAGCCAGGAUUGGCGGUGUCUCACCACGAAACACGGGCGGUUUAAUUUUCCGCGAGUCUCUAGAAAUGUUAGGUUGGGAAGGGUUCAAACGGGAUACCGUUAGUGUCCCGGAUAUUAUCUGGAGGACACUCGUUGCCGACCGUGACCAAGGUGGCCAUGUACCUCCCUUAUGGUACCAAAAAGCCUGUCUACGAUGUCUUGAGAUUGCUGACAAGUUCAACAACGGGUAUCUUAAUAUUGGCCAGCUCUUGCAGGAUCAGUCGGAUAUGGUUCGCAAAUACCUGACGCGCGUGCGUAAUGUUACUUGGAACAGGUGUUUUUUCACUGCGGAUAUCCCAAGUGUAAAACGUGGAAGUCAUCAAGACGUGAUUUCUUCACGGUCAAGCCAGGCAACUACUUUAGAGAACAUUGACGCUCAAGAUACUAGGGUAAUAUACGGGUUAGAAGAAGAUUCGAGGGGUGCAGAAGAAGAAACAGAGAACGGAUACAUCUGGUUUGUUAGCCAGGAGAAUUCGCGCGAAUCUGGAAUACAUAUUGUCUUUAUGUCUAGUGGAUUAAUAGAGAACAGAGAAGAGGAGGAAGAAGACGACGACGAGGAGGUCCCGACUACAUCAUUUGGACUUUGUCCACCGAAUACUCAAGCCGGGGAUCUCAUCUGCAUCUUAUAUGGUUGCACCGUACCGGUCAUCCUGAGAGAAGGACCGGAUGGCUACAUGGAGCUUGUAGGUGAAGCGUACGUCCAUGGGCAAAUGGAUGGUGAGGCAAUGGAAGAGUUCCAGGAGAACGAUGCAUGGGAAGAAGAGGAAUUUCGAAUUCGGUGAAAAUAUAUGAAAACUUACCUACCUUGUAAUUUCGGCGUUACAACUAUCACAUAAGCACAUUUACCCAAAUAUCAAACCA